AUGAAGUGCUUUCUCGGAUCUUCGUGCUAUGUAGACAAACCCGAAGUAGAAGACGAGGGCGUCCCGAUCUGUUCUGCGCAACUGUAUUACCAGUCAGUCAUUAAUUGUCACCUAAGCCCAUUUUUGGACCCUCAUCCUGCUGCUCAGUCUACAUGUCGGCAUUGGAGAAGCGCUACCUUUGACACCAAAGCACUUUGGUCUCUGGUGACACUUUCGGACCGCCCCCCAUUUCAUUUUUCGGCAUUGUGUUUGGAUCGCUCUGGGACAACGUCGCCGCUCGAUGUCGAAAUUGAGAUAAACAAUAGGUUCUGGCAACAUAUACCCGAUUGUGACCCCAAUACACGUGUGCAGGCGGUCCAUGGCGCACUUACUUUUAUUUUGGCACACGGUGGUAUUCCUUCAAGGUGGAGAUCUCUCUGGCUCUACACACCAGGGAGCCAAAGAAGCAAUCUGGGUCUCCACAUUGCGGCGCUGGACAUCAUCGGCGCAUUUCCGAUGCCUUCAUUACAGUAUAUUGAGUUAAAAUGUUCAAUUUACCACUAUGGUGGCGGAGACCAGACUCAUAUUUUGUCCUUACCCGCAAAGCCCUUGUUCCGUGAUCCCUCUCCAACCCAGUUGCGCGUUGCUAAACUGGAAUGGAUCCCACGUCCUUAUUUAUUCGUAAAUCCAGGCUAUCCUCAACUUGUUGGCCUGAAUCACCUCGAAAUCCGUUUCCCGCUCGACCUACCCGAGCUUGAACACAUGAAGACGCUGCUAGAUGCUAGUCCGAUGCUCAGAGUAUUGUCUCUGGAUUUGAGGGCCACUAGUCCUCAAAUAUCAGCGGAACUGAUUUACCUUCCAAAAAUCCACAUUCCCAGUCUACAAGUCUUGGCACUAUCGGCCAAUUCCCGCACUCAUACCCCACGAUGGGGGCAUAAUUUACUUUUAAUGAUCGAUGCUCCCAACGUCGAAUCUCUCCGAUUCCAAUUGGAAUAUUCGGGGGCUGAUCCUUUGCAAGACCAAGAAUUGAUUGAUUAUAUUACCAGAGGUGCCAAUCCAGCCAAUCCUAGAGCUCUCUUUCCUUCUCUGACUGCCCUCGAGCUUUCAAUUGAUCAAGACCACACAGGCCUUUUCGAACAAUUCCUAACAGCAUACUCUCUGAUCACCACCCUUUACUUGCCUCACCCUACGUAUGGGCAGGUUGAGGCGUUACGCAUGCAACCUUGGCUUGUACCUGAGCUGACAUGCUUGGCCGUGAAGGCUGAAAGAGACUCAACGCUAAGGGACGCCAUUUUCGAGCGGUGUAGUGCAGGAUUGCCCUUGAAAACGGUGUUGGUGGAACUUUCUCCGGUGCCUCUGCCGUGGAUCAGGCGUUCGGAGGCGAGACUUCGGGAAUACCUUGAAGGGUUGGAUGUUAGGAUAAUUCUUACCAAAUCAAACACUCGGGCACGUAAGAUGCUAGGAUUUGUCGAAUGA